UUAAACAACAAGAACCCAAAAAUGGCUUCUAGACCAGACCCUGGCGGCCGAUCGAGGUUUGCCAAACUCGGAAUGGCAAUAAACGAAGAAUUGACCCAGGCCUGUAGAGAUGUCUUAGAAAUGGAGGUACCUCCUGGUCUUGUCUACAACAAAGUGAAAGCAUCAUCAAUUUAUAAGAACAUACGCCAUGAGCAAGAACUUCGUCUCAUAGGCGCCAAAACAGAUGGUUAUAAAGAAUUUGAUAUUACAUUGUUAUAUACACUAAUAAGAAAUAUAUGUACAAAGAUUCCUAGUCCAACAAAAAGUUGGGGAGGAAACACGAUGCCGUCAGCAAGAGAAAUAACAAUCGGCGAUGACAUUGAGAGGAUACGAUUGAUAAGAAACAACAUGUGUGGACACAUAAGCUCGGCUUCUACCUCACAGACAGAGUUUGAUGACACGUGGUCAGUCAUAACUGAUGUAUGCCAAAGACUGCAAACAUACACAAAAAUAGACUAUAUAUAUGGACUGAGUAAUAUUCAAAGUCAAGCCCUAGAAGAGGAGUACAAAACAACACUCAUAGAAAAACUUAGGGAAGAAUACAAGAAUAGCCAUUCUCUAUUGAAAAAAAUAUCUUCUCUGGAGCAGGAUUUGCAAGAAUUGAAACUAAAGUUCGAAGACAAAGAAAACACUCUGGUAAAGGAAAUUCUCGAUAAUUGGCGAGAAGACGAUAUUACCUUUAUUUCUACAAGAGCUAGUGAAGUGGUUAAAGAAAAACUUGAAAGUCUUAACCUUAUCACUGUGGUUGGAAAUUCUGGGUCCGGAAAAUCUGCAAUAAUUCAGCAUAUUGCACUUAUUCUUAAAGAGCAGGGAUGGAAUGUCAUACCGGUGGAUAAGUUGGAAGAAGUUAAAAAGAUCUGUUCAUCUGGAGUCUCAGAAAAUCGCAUAUUAUUUGUAUUCAAUGAUCCUUUAGGUAAGGAAUCGUUAGAUGAAGUUUUAUAUCACUCAUGGAAAAGUUUAGAGAAAACACUGGAGAUUUGCCUGAAGAAGAACAAGCUAUUGAUAUCAUGUAGAAGAUGUAUAUUUUAUGACAAAAGGGUCAAGGGUAACUUAUUUGAUGAAUCCACUGCAGUAGAAAUCGACAACAAAGAGAACGGACUGACUGUGAAAGAGAAAGAAUCGAUUUUUAAUCAGUAUUCAAAGAAUCUGCAUUUAUCGGAAAAGGUUGUUAUCGAAAUAAUCAAAACAGAAGCUUAUUUUCCAUUGCUUUGUAAGGUUUUUUCAAGGGAGGCAAACUACAAUAAAAACGGUGUUGAUUUUUUCAAACAUCCGUACAGAUUUAUUAAAAAAGAAAUUGAAAUUUGGAAGAAAACAGACAAGAAAAGAUUUUGCUCACUUAUCUUGAUUGUAGCUUUCAAAAACAAUUUGAAAAUUGAUAGCAUUGUAAGAAAUGAUAUUUUUAUGAUGAAAUAUAAAAACAUUUUGGGAAUAUGUGAGUUACAUGAAAACACACAUGUUUCAAUCAUUCGUAGUACUCUACAUGAACUGAACCGCUCUUAUGUCAAACGUGUCGGAAAUGCUUUCCAAUUCCUUCACGACUUUAUUAUGGAGAUAACGACUCUGGUGUUUGGUGUGGAUUGUCCACAAGAGACAAUUCAGUACGCAGACAGCGGUUUUCUGAGACGUCGGGUGAUGAUAGAAGAAGAUACAGAAAAGGAAGAUCGCGAUCCUUUCACUGUUUACCUUCCUGAAGAGUACGUUGAUGAUCUUGUAGACCGACUUAUUUCUGAUAUUAAGACAGACAAUGUUAUCGAUGUUCUUUUGAAUCCCUGUCUUAGGAAAGAAAGCGUGAUCAAAUCUUUUAAGAAAAAGGUAGAAUCGUUGGAAAAGUUUCCAGAGCUUCUUACAAAUAUGGAAUGUAAGAGAAAAGGAUCAGAAUUUUUAAAUGUAUUUGAGAGCUUUGGUUUGUCAAGACUUGCAUUCCUUGAUUUAAAAGAAAAAACAUGUCCUUUAAUUGGAUUAAUUAUAUUUUGCCAUAAUGAUAUUUCCUCUUUCUGCUUAAACAGUAUGCCACAAACAAAGUUAAAAGAAUAUCCAAUAUUUUCUGCUGUAUGUGCCAACGUUGAUUCAAAUUUAUUGAAAUUCCUCAGCCUAGAAUAUAAAAAAGAAGCUGUGGAUGAAAUGUGGUAUAUAUUCUUACCAAUUCACAUUGCAUCUGUAUUCCAUAACUUUUCAAUAAUUGAAGAAUUGGUUAGACUUAAUGCUGACGUUAAUAAAUUAACCCCUUAUUGUAGCAUGACUCCAUUAAUUCUGGCAGCAGCAAACACUGAAGAACAUUUGAAAGAGAUUGGAAAGAAAGUAGAAGGAGACAGACGUAAUAAAACCAUUCUUUCCUUACUGAAAAACGGUGCCAAAAUCAAUAUGUGUGGUAUCGAUGGUGUCACUCCUCUCUACAUAGCUUGCCAAAAUGGACAUCAAAGCACUGUGCAACUUUUAUUAACUAAUAGCGCUGAUAUACAUUUAUGUGACAAAGAUGGUAAAAGCCCCCUCUAUGUAGCUUGUCGAAAUGGGCAUGACAAUACAGUAAAGCUUUUACUAAACAACGGCUCUCAAAUCAAUUCAUCGGACAAUGAUGGAAUCAAUCCCCUUUUUAUAGCAUGUCAGAACGGACAUGACAGUACAGUGCAGCUUUUACUGAAUAACGGUGCUAAAAUAAAUUCUUGUGACAACAACGGGAGAAGUCCUCUCUAUAUUGCUUGCCAAAAUGGACAUGACAACACUGUACAUAUUUUACUAAAUAAGGGUGCUGAAAUUAAUUUAUGUAACAGGAAUGGAUACACUCCUCUCCACAUAGCUUGCUAUAAAAGACAUGAGAGUACAGUACAAAUUUUACUGAAGAGAGGUGCUGAAAUCAAUUCUUGUGAUAGAGAUGGAAAAAGCGCCCUUUAUACAGCUUGUUUCAAUGGACUUGAGAGUAUGGUCAAACUCUUACUGAACAACGGCGCCAAACUAAAUGCAUAUGACAAGAACGGAAUCACUCCCCUCUAUCAAGCUUGUAACAAUAAACAUGAAAACACCGUACAACUUUUACUAGUCAAUGGGGCCGACAGCAGUUUAUGUACGAAAAAUUCAGUCAGUCCACUCCAAAUUGCUUCUUAUAAGGGCUAUGACAGCAUGGUACAUUAUUUACUGACAAACGGCGCAAAAAUCAAUUUGAGUGAUAAUCAUGGAGCGAGUCCUCUUUGGAAAGCUUGUCAGAAUGGACAUGAAAGAACGGUUAUAAUUCUUCUGAAAAACGGAGCUGAUAUCAGUAUCAAUCAUGAAGAUGGUUCGAAUCCGCUUUCUAUAGCGAGUGAAAAUGGGUACCAUAGCAUUGUGCAACUUUUAUUGAAUAAAAGUCUUGAUACCAACUUAUGUGACAAGAAUGGAAAAAGUCCCUUGUAUAAAGCAUGUAUAAAUGGACAUUUCAAUACAGUACACCUUUUACUAAACAAUGGUGCAGACAUCAACUUAUGUAACAAGAAUGGAGUCAGUCCUCUUUAUAUAGCUUGUAAAAAUGGACAUGAUAGCACGGUACAACUGUUACUGACCAACGGUGCCGACAUCAAUUUAUGUAAUAAUGAUGGAUUUAGUCCCCUUUCUGUAGCAUGUGAAAAUGGACAUGAUAGCACUGUACAACUGUUACUAAACAACGGUGCCGACAUCAAUUUAUGUGAUAAUGAUGGAGUCAGUCCUCUUUAUAUAGCUUGUUAUAAUGGACAUGAUAGCACGGUACAAUUGUUACUGAACAACGGUGCCGACAUCAAUUUAUGUGAUAAUGAUGGAGACAGUCCUCUUUAUAUAGCUUGUCAAAAUGGACAUGAUAGCACGGUACAACUGUUACUAAACAACGAUGCUGAUAUCGAUUUAUGUGAGAAGAAUGGAACCAGUCCUCUUCAUAUAGCUUCAUGUGGAAAUGGACAUGACAGAACUGUACAACUGUUACUGAACAACGGUGCCGACAUCAAUUUAUGUAACAAGAAUGGAGCCAGUCCUCUUCAUAUUGCUUCUUAUAAUGGACAUGAUAGCACUGUACAACUAUUACUGAACAACGGUGCAGACAUUAAUUUAUGUAACAAGAAUGGAGCCAGUCCUCUUUAUAUUGCUUCUUAUAAUGGACAUGAUAGCACUGUACAGUUGUUACUGAACAACGGUGCAGACAUCAAUUUAUGUCAUAAUGAUGGAUUCAGUCCUCUUUAUUUAGCCUGUGAAAAUGGACAUAAUAGCACUGUACAACUAUUACUGAACAACAGUGCAGACAUCAAUUUAUGUAACAAGAAUGGAGCCAGUCCUCUUUAUAUUGCUUCUUAUAAUGGACAUGAUAGCACUGUACAACUAUUACUGAACAACGGUGCAGACAUCAAUUUAUGUAACAAGAAUGGAGCCAGUUCUCUUUAUAUUGCUUCUUAUAAUGGACAUAAUAGCACUGUACAACUAUUACUGAACAACGGUGCAGACAUCAAUUUAUGUAAUAAUAAUGGAUUAAGUCCUCUUUAUUCAGCCUGUGAAAAUGGACAUAAUAGCACUGUACAACUAUUACUGAACAACAGUGCAGACAUCAAUUUAUGUACUAAUAAUGGAUUCAGUCCUCUUUAUUUAGCCUGUGAAAAUGGACAUAAAAGCACUGUACAACUAUUACUGAACAACGGUGCAGACAUCAAUUUAUGUGAUGAUGAUGGAUUCAGUCCUCUUUAUUCAGCCUGUGUAAAUAUACAUGAUAGCACUGUACAGCUGUUACUGAACAACGGUGCAGACAUCAAUUUAUGUAACAAGUAUAGAGCCAGUCCUCUUUAUAUUGCUUGUUAUAAUGGACAUGAUAGCACAGUACAGCUUUUACUCAACAACGGUGCAGACAUCAAUUUAUGUGAUAAUGAUGGAUUCAGUCCUCUUUAUUCAGCCUGUGAAAAUGGACAUGAUAGCAUUGUACAGCUGUUACUGAACAACGGUGCCGACAUCAAUUUAUAUAACAAGAAUAGAGCCAGUCCUCUUUAUAUUGCUUGUUAUAAUGGACAUGAUAGCACAGUACAGCUUUUACUCAACAACGGUGCAGACAUCAAUUUAUGUGAUAAUGAUGGAUUCAGUCCUCUUUAUGUAGCCUGUGUAAAUGGACAUAAAAGCACUGUACAACUGGUACUGAACAACGGUGCAGACAUCAAUUUAUGUAAUAAUGAUGGAUUCAGUCCUCUUCAUAUAGCCUGUCAAAAUAGACAUGAUAGCACUAUACAGCUGUUACUGAACAACGGUGCCGACAUCAAUUCAUGUAACAAGAAUAGAGUCAGUCCUCUUUAUAUUGCUUCCUGUGAAAAUGGACAUGAUAGCAUUGUACAGCUGUUACUGAACAACGGUGCCGACAUCAAUUUAUAUAACAAGAAUAGAGCCAGUCCUCUUUAUAUUGCUUGUUAUAAUGGACAUGAUAGCACAGUACAGCUUUUACUCAACAACGGUGCAGACAUCAAUUUGUGUCAUAAUGAUGGAUUCAGUCCUCUUUAUGUAGCCUGUGAAAAUGGACAUGAUAGCACUGUACAACUGGUACUGAACAACGGUGCAGACAUCAAUUUAUGUAAUAAUGAUGGAUUCAGUCCUCUUCAUAUAGCCUGUCAAAAUAGACAUGAUAACACGGUACAACUGUUACUAAACAACGGUACCGACAUCAAUUUAUGUAACAAGAAUAGAGCCAGUGCUCUCUCUAUUGCUUGUUAUAAUGGACAUGAUAGCACAGUACAGCUUUUACUGAACAACGGUGCAGACAUCAAUUUAUGUCAUAAUGAUGGAUUCAGUCCUCUUUAUUUAGCCUGUGAAAAUGGACAUGAUAGAACGGUACAACUGUUACUGGACAACGGUGCCGACAUCAAUUUAUGUGAUACUGAUGGAGCCAGUCCUCUUUGUAUAGCUUGUUUUGAUGGACAUGAUAGCACGGUUCAAUUGUUACUGAACAACGGUGCCGACAUCAAUUUACGAGAUAAUGAAGGAGACAGUCCUUUAUCUAUAGCUUGUCAAAUUGGACAUGAUAGCACGGUACAACUGUUACUGAACAACGGUGCCGACGUUAAUUUAUGUACGAAGAAUGGUCAUCUUCAUGUAGCUUAUCCAACUGGACAUGAUAGCACGGCGCAACUAUUACCGAACAACGGUGCUGACAUCAAUACAUGUGAGAAGAAUGGAACCAGUCCCCUUUAA